AUGAGUCAGAUGCACAUGUAUGCAAUGUACAUAUGCAUGCAUGCACAGUGCACAGAGAAGAGUCAAGUUUCCAGGUCUGGCGGGCGAGAGGGUUUGGACUGGCAAACGCAGACAGCAUCGAAUGCGGCGAGAGGAGCGGAAUGGACAGCGGCCGAGAUUCCAGACGGCGCGCAUGCAGGUGGUGAUGGUGGUGGUGGAGUGACGACCGGGCCGCGCCUUAUUGGCAGGUGCGCAGGGCCCGGGCGCGGCACUAGCUGGUUGGGUAAACUGCUGGCCAAUGAGAGCAGGCGAGGGCGGGAGGCGCUGGAUGAUGAGGUGUGGAAAUUAGUAUUGGUCGGGCUUUCUGCACAGUAUUUGCAAGCCAGCGAGCGGGCGAGUGCGAGUGAGAAAACCUUCGCAUCGGUUGAUUGCGCCAGGCAGUCAGUGGUGGUCGUGGUCGUGUCCAGGGGCCGGGAGAGGGGGGGCCCUGCAUCUACCCCUCACCUCUUCAGCCAGGCGUGCACCCCAAUUCGAGAUAUUAUCCACUGCCACGGCACAUGGUCUUCUUAUCGCGGCUACUGCGCAAUCACUUGGUCAAGUCGCCUGAGCCUGAGCGUCCGUUGCUCGGCAGCCUGA